CAAACAAUUGCGAUGGCGGAUAUGGGAGUUGUGCAACUGACACACACAGCGUUCCAAGAGGCACCAGGUACUUUGUGUGCACUGGAUGCUGGUCCUCCUGCCUUCUGACGUGUUCCAUCGCCUUCUGCGCGACGGCAGUUGCGACGACUGCUGCAGGUAUUGUGCAAGUGGCACCUCACCAGCAUGUCCCCACGACGAACACGAACACGCCCCACACGCCCCACGAACACGCACGAACAACAAGGCAAGCAAGUGAUGGCGCCAGCGGGGAACACGGCGGCGUGCCGACCGUGAUCACUUUUCAUUUGGACAGGGUUCCAUACAAAGCGACAGCAGGGAGAAGACAACAAGGACAAGAAGCGUCAACACAACACAACACAACACAACACUCCACAACACUCCACAACACAGCUGCACCUGAAGGAUGGAGGAACAGCAAGUCACCGCCAUCGGCGGCACCGUCUGGUGCCUUGACACAACGGGAGUGGAUAUCGUUCCAACGCAACACCACCAACAACAGCAGCACCACCACCAACACCAUCAGCGGGCUCAGCGUGGCCAACAGCCACGAAACGAGCUGCACCACCAGCAACAGCUCACCGCCAUGGCACUUUGCAUUGCGCAGCCCGAAGAUGACGUCCUCAUGCACAGCAAAACGGCAGCGUCGCUUUCGCCCUUCAGCCAGUUCUGUGCGACAGUCCUCAACCGGCAACGUGAGCAGGUCAUCUGCUUUACCGAGACAGAGAAGGAGCAGCGCGGACGGCGGCAACAGGGCGCCCUCGACGUGCUUCCCGACACGGUCCUGCGUGCUCUCAGCGACUCAAACAAGCGCGUGGUUGCGCACGCAGACCUGUUUCCACACUUGCAGCAGCACGACGUCACCGCAUCCCCUUCAGCCCUGCAGCGUGCAACGCCAACCACCGCCCUGAACCGCCUAAUCUAUCGCGACGCCAACACACCAGACGUUCCACCGGUGCUGCAAGACAGCGGUCUGAAAGUAAAGACACCGCAUGGCCUGAGCACGACCAGUGCAGAGGAUGUGCUUGCGCUGUACAACCGAGUGCAAGCAGAGAACACGGACAGCGAUGUGCUGAUUGAGCUCAUCGUGCGGGACGUGGCUGGGAUGGCCACCAGCACGCUCGUGCCCCGCCCAGAUGCCCUCAGCACAACCCUGGAACAGCAGACGAUGGCGCCACGACGCGUUGUUGACACGUGGACCGUGCGGGCCAUGCCCAAGCACACGUUUGUGGAUUCAACGACAAUCUUCAUCCCCUUUGCACAUCAGGAGCUGCUGUCUGCGUACCAACUGCACAUCUCGAGCGAGCGCGGCUGUUCGCUUCGCUUCUGUCCGCCGCCACCAGCGCUAUCGUCUGCAGUGAAUGAGCUGCUCACUGUCAGCAAGCGCCUGAUGCAAGAAAGCCCCAUCUGCGAGUACGCGUUUGGAGGAUUCACGUUUGUGCUCAACAGCACCAGCACAUAUCUCAUCGACGUCACCCUCGGGCUGUCCCACGCAAUUGCCGCCGUCCUGUUCAACCGGCGCCACGGAAACGCGUCGCAUAUUGGCGUCUGGCCCUGCCCUGUUGCGCGUUUUCCGGACAUUUGGACCUUCUGGGCAACGUUGCAUGACAGGGAUUGCGCUUACCACCCAUCCGACUCUGCAUCGUCAUCAGGGCUGUUUCCCCUUCACUUUACCAGCGAGGGCGACGGAUCGUGCACGCUCGUUGCGUUGUCGUCUGCGCCAGAACGCCUGGAGGAGCUGUGGAGCGUAUCUCACGGCGUGUCGGCGCUCUGCAUACCGCGCGCGCACAUCAAGGAUGCGCCAUCCGCUGGCCUGCACCCGUCCCUCAGACGUAUCUGGGUUGGCAGUGCACGACCGGAAUACCGAUUGGAAACACAGCGGUACCGCCUGCCCAACCGGUGCCUGGCGUUGAUGCGUGCAGGCACGGACGUCAUCGUGUUGCCGGGCAACCACGCCCCGACGCGCGAGUACUGGGAGUUUGUGCGCGAUGUGAAGGGGUUGAGCGAGGAGCAGGCCAUCUUCACCAGCAACGAGCACUUUGUGCUCGACAACGACAUGUUGGGCGCGCCAUUGGCACAGCUCGCUCACAUCGUAGAAGCAAACCCAGACGAUACGUUUUGCCUCCUUCCCUAUUGCGUGACGCCAGGGUUUGAGGAGUGGGCAGGCCACCUGCUCCGUAACCACAGCAACGUCGUGGUGUGCGGCGACGCGAGCGCGUGGGUGGAUGUGUAUGGGCACAAGGGCAUCCUGCACCGCCACGUGGCGCGCCCGCACGAGGCGUCUGUGAUUGAGCGGGCCACACCCCACGUCAGGGUUGCACGGGGAUUCACGUGCGACACGGUGGACGACCUGCUGCUCGCAUAUGAUCUCCUCGGCGAUGAUAAGGCGGUGAUCAAGCCUGUGUUUGGAGCGGCGGGCGAAGGCAUCGUGUUCGUGUCGAGUGCAGCGGAGCUGACGGCGUACACGUUCCCGAUGGGGCAAGUCAGCCUGGAGGAGUUUCUUCCCCUAGACAAGGCGGACGAUGACAUGGAGAUUGCGCCCGCCAUUCACUACAUGGCGAAAGAGGUGAUUGGCACGUGCCUUGUUGAUCAGCUCAUGCAGUCGACGGCGUACUGUGGGUGGAGAGCCUCUGUCACCGCACCUGCAUUCCAGCAGAUAUGCAUGGAUGCCACACAGGCCAUUCUUGGCGCCACCUCUCCCACAGGGCCGGGUGGCUUUGAUUUUCUCUCCGUUGGCGGUAACCCCGUUCUCACAGAUGUGAACACAGGGUGCUAUGUCGUGCAGUGCCGCCUCCCACCCUCACUCCCACACGUUUGCGUCUGCGUGCAUUCAGGCCGCUUCAACGGCGCCCAUUUCCCUAAACUCUUUCUGGAGGCCAAUAGCCCAGGCCGGAGGUUUUACUCCUUCAAGUUCAAGCCGGGCCAGGACUUGUGCAUCCGUGAUGUGUGGACCGCGUUUGAGGCGCAAGGCAUCCAGUUUGUGCCUGGCGAGAGCGAUGUGGGCGUGUUUCCCAUUGUGUACCUGCGCGGACUUGCCGCCCUCUUCAUUGCCAUUGCGGAGACGGACGAGGAAGCACACGCCCUUCAUCUUCGCGCCGUGGCGUGCCUGACGCAGCUGCAAGAUGCUUCUGGCGCUCCUGCUUGACAUUGUGUGUGUGUGUGUUGUGUGUGUGUGUAUGUGUGUGUGUGUGUGUGUGUGUGUG